AUGGCAUUUCCUAGUGCUCUUACUGUUGCUGUUGUGAAUGUAGAAGGGUUAAACUUAACCCGAUCUAAAUCCGGUGAGUAUGUUGUUUCAGGAUUUGAAGGUAGAUCUUUGAACGCAAUUUUGGAAGCUAUGAAGGUAAAAGCCACAAUUAUUACUCCUGAUGACGGUGAAUGGGGUAGACAACGGGAGGAUGGCAGCUGGACUGGAAUGAUCGGACUCGUCCAUGAUGGCGUGGCAGAUAUCGCCAUGUCUCUUAUAUCACCAUCAACUGACAGAAUGCCCUAUGUGGACUUUAGCACGCCAUACGCAAUAACUAGCACUACUUUUGCCAUUAAGAAGCCAGGUACUUUACCCAAAACGUAUGUUUUUAUUCACCCAUUUACUUUUGGAACAUGGCUAAGCUGUUUACUUCUUAUCUUUUUGUUUCCAAUAAUAUUAAAGUUGAUUCUAUCGCAUAGGAGAUCAUACCAAUAUUUUUGCUUCAGACUAUUUGGUAAUGUUAUAGGACAAUCGCUCAAAAUGCAAAGUCAAGCACUGAAAGACAGACUCCUUUUGUUAUCUUGGUGGUCUUUUGUUUUUGUAAUUUCAACCUCUUAUUGCGCAGUACUCUUGUCUUUUUUAACGGUACCCAUUCAGCAAGAAGCAGUCAAAGAUUUCGAAACGUUGUCUAAGGCUGUUGCCAAUGGCAAUGUGAAAUGCUAUUUUAGAAGCGGGACUCUCUACAAUAGAAUGUUUACAAAUGCCGAACAAAAAUACAUGAGAACACUAGGGGAUAUAAUGAUAAGAAAUGAGUGGUUUGUUCGAAAUCUGGAUGGCAUUAAGGAUUCUUAUGUGCAAAGCAUUCAAGAAGGAAAUGCAUUGAUUAUGAUAAAACUCACGUUAAAGAAGAAUUUCGGCUUGAUGGAGGACGUAUUCAUUUCAGGUGAUAACUUGAUAGUAUCAUCUUUGGUAGUUACCAUCAACAAGAAAUUUUGCUGCAAAGCUAAACUAGAUGAAAUCAUAUUAAGAUUGGUUGAAGCUGGGAUUUUUGGUAAAAUAUUUAGAGAAGAAUCAUGGAAAUCCAAUGAGAGAUUGUUAAAAUUUGUUAAACCUUCUGAAGAAAAAAUCAAACCUCUUCACCUUGAAGAUUUGUAUGGGGCUUUUCUUCUAUUGUGUUGGGGUUAUAUAAUAUCUUUAAUAGUGUUAAUAGUUGAAAUUUUCUUUUCGAAGAUAAGGAAAAUAAACUAA